GCUUCCAUCCAUCGUCAUCGUCAUCGUCAUCAUCAUCAGCCGUCAUUGGCUAGGGAGGAGAGCGAGAAGCGCGACAGAUAGCAGCGAGACUAGGCCCCCGGGCGAGGUUAACAGCUCUAGCAGCGAGAAGAACGCGCGUUAGUAUUUAGUAAACCGUCGACCCGUACGGAAGCGUGGUUCACUGUUGAACUUGUCUGCUACACGGCACUGCUACGCGGCACGUCUACGAGAGCCCUGCCGUUUGGUCUUUGGGUCAUCUUUCUACGGUUAUCUGCACGAACGAGGUCGUCUACGCUUGCUUCCCGAAAGGAACCGACUCCCGAAACUCCCAAAAUUUUGAAAGUGUUCGCUCUGAACCUGAACCUGUUCCUUUUCGGACCCUAGCGCUCAACGCGUGUCACACUAAAUCCAAAACACCGACGUUCCACCAACCAACCAACCAACCGACCGACCAGGACACACCAGGAUGGGUUUGCUAAGCGAAGGCAGUCCUCUGACGUGGGAUGAAACGAAGGCGCUGGCACAGCACGUCCGCGAGCAUGGCAUCGAGCAGUUUAUCAAUCUGUUCGCGCGCCUCAAAGACCGCCAGGGCGACGUGCUGAAGUGGGGCGACGAGGUGGAGUACAUAAUCGUCCGGUUCGACGAUAAGCAGCGCGCGGUCCAGGUAUCGCUGCGGGCGCAAGAAAUUCUGGCCAAGCUGAACGAAAAGGAAGCGGCCGAUCCACAAGGAGUCAAAUCACUGUGGCGUCCCGAGUACGGUGCGUACAUGAUCGAAGGUACGCCCGGCAAGCCGUACGGUGGUCUGCUGGCGCACUUCAACGUGGUCGAGGCAAACAUGCGCUAUCGGCGAAUGGAGGUCGCUGCCCUGCUGCCGGAGAACGAGUUCGUCAUGUCGAUCACCAGCUUCCCGCGACUGGGAUGUCCGCGCUUCACGUUCCCACCGGCGGUACCGACGCCGGACGAUGAGGCGUGCGCGGCCCGGUCGAACUUUUUCCCCGACGAAGCCAUCUUCCCGGGCCAUCCGCGGUUCAAGACGCUGACGCGCAACAUUCGCCAGCGGCGGGGCGAGAAGGUGUCGAUCAACUUGCCGAUCUACCCGGAUCGUGAUACGAAAACGCCGGUCGAGGGCAGCAUACCGUCCCACCCGAGCCACGUGCACAUGGACGCGAUGGGCUUCGGUAUGGGUUGCUGCUGUUUGCAGCUCACGUUCCAGGCGUGCAACAUUAGCGAGGCGCGCACACUGUACGACCAGCUGACGCCGAUGUGCCCUAUAAUGCUUGCGCUGACGGCGGCCAGUCCGGCGUACCGUGGCUUCCUGACCGAUGUGGACUGCCGGUGGAACGUGAUCUCGGCCUCGGUCGACUGUCGCACGCGGGAGGAGCGUGGCGAGGAGCCGCUGAAGAAUGAUCGGUUCCGCAUUUACAAGUCACGCUACGAUUCGAUCGAUUCUUACCUCUCGCCGGCGGGAGAGAAAUACAACGAUGUGCCUUUGGUGCUGGACGAGACGCUGUACAAGCGGCUGCGCGAGGGCGACAUCGACCAUCUGCUGGCGCAGCACAUUGCGCAUCUAUUCAUACGCGACUCGGUGUCGCUGUUCAGCGAGAAGGUGCACCAGAACGACCGGGAGGACACGGACCACUUCGAGAACAUCCAGUCGACCAACUGGCAGACGAUGCGGUUCAAGCCCCCGCCGCCCAACUCCCCGAUCGGGUGGCGCGUCGAGUUCCGGCCGUGCGAGGCCCAGCUGACCGACUUCGAGAAUGCGGCGAUCGUGUGCUUCGUCGUGCUGCUGACGCGCGUCAUCCUCUCGUACCAGCUGGACUUCCUGAUCCCGAUCAGCAAGGUGGACGAAAACAUGCAAAACUCGCAGAAGCGGGGCGCGGUGCUGACGGAGCGCUUUUGGUUCAAGAAAAACAUCACCGCCAUACCGCCGGAGGAAGGGCGAGCGGACGGUGCAGCAUCACAAGCCGAGCAGCGGCAGAAUGGCACCGCGGACGAAGCGGCGACGUCGGAGGCGCCCGCGGACGAGUACGAGCUGAUGACGAUCGAUCAGAUCAUCAAUGGGAAGGGCACGUUCCCGGGCCUGGUGCCGCUGAUCAACAGCUACCUCGGGUCGAUGGAUGUGGACGCCGAUACGCACUGCACGAUCCAGCAGUACCUGAAACUGAUCCAGAAGCGUGCGUCCGGCGAGCUAAUGACGACGGCCAGCUGGAUACGGCAGCAGGUCGUUUCCCAUCCCGAGUACAAGCACGAUUCCGUCAUCAGCGAGGGCAAUUGUUACGAUCUGCUGCGAAAGGCGAAGGACAUACAGGACGGUGUGCUGGCCUGCCCGGAGCUGAUCGGCAACAACAUCAACUCGAAAACGACGGACAACAUUCCGGCCGCGAUUGAGAAGCAUCUCACCAAGCGAUGUUAGUAGCUAGUAGUCGUCGUUGUCGUUGAGUUUUAGCGAGUGCGAUAAUGCCGUGAAACCGUUCGGCUAAUCUACUUACACGCUCUGCCUCCUCCCCCUCCCCAUUGCCCUAACUUUACUUAAGUCACCCCAAAAGGGAUCAGCAAUGGUGGUGGUGGUGAUGGUGGUCUCACACAUGUUGGCGGGUGAUUUUCGUGUGCCGGGAGCGAACCAAAACAAAACAGGGGAAGGGAGAAAACCGUUUCCGUUUUCUUCUCUGGCGCGCCAAACACCGAAUGCGGGUAUUUCAAUGUUCAAUGUUAGCAGGCUCGCGCUCAAGCAGCGCGGAUGUCGAGGACGAAUAACACGGCUGCACGGGAGAAGGAAUGCAAUUCUUUUUCCUCACAACGCCGUACAGCAAAUGCAUUUCCCAUUUGGAGGGGACUCAGGCAGACGACACCCCGGAUGGCAACAAUCCGCGAAUUUUGCGAGCAACCCCGCCAAAAAAGGGCCAGAUUGCGAGGGGGAAAAGUUGUGCUGUUUCUUUUUUAUUAUUAUUGUUCUAUUAUUAUCUUUAUGAUUUGCUGAUUGUUCAAAUAGGUGUGUGUGUGUGUGCUCCACAUGGUGUUAAGAGAAGAAAGUAUGGCACAAGGUAGCAUACGUUUUACAAAGUAAGGUUAGACAGUUUGUUUGUUAAGUUUACGUUGCAAUGAUAUUUUUUUAUGUAUCGUGUAAGUCUGUGGACCAUGCGCACGCACCAUCUUAACGACCCUCUUGUAUCCUCUUGCCAUCCCUAGUUCGACUUCAGUUCUGGAAGCGAUACACAUCCGCUAUGCCAUUUGUUUUUCAAUUCCAAAGACACGUACCCACAAACAUCCACGAUCCUCUUCCUCACAUAAUUUUGGUUUGUUGGCUUUGUUUUGCAGUGGACAACGAAGAGCGCGAAGGAAGCGUUAGCGUUUACAAGCACCUAAGCAACCUAGCAAACACAUUCUCAGAACACUGUUACACCUAGCGACCUGAACAGAACGGAACACAGAACAGAACGCGAAGCGCGAAGAGGGCGAGGGGAGGGCAGUGGAAGUUUUUACUAUACAAAGACGACCACAAUGCAAAUGUGUACAUCGAUCACCGUUUACUCCGUGCCGGCGGCGACAUUCCCGGGAAAUGCCGGGUUCGGGUACGGGUAAACGGGAGUGAGAAGAAACUUUCCCAGGGCAGCAACAAGCAAAUGCACGAAGAACAAAUUGUUAUACAGAAAUAUACAUAGAUUUAUAUUAGAUUUUCUUUAAACCAAA